UCUUAAUUUUGAUGUUCGUAUUCCGACGAUCAGAUCUCCAAAGCUCCUUUGAAGUUUGCAAUCGAACGGUCCAAGUAACCCUUCAGGCUUCGCAUCACCGUCCAUUUCGAUAAGAAAUUCGGAACGAGCAAGCGUGCACGAUGCAUGAUACUGGUGAUUCACACGGCACCUGAAGCACGAAGAAACAGAAAAUCAGAAUACAAAUUUGGGCAGCAGAGGGAAGCAAAAGCCAAAAGCUCCUGGAUUCGAUCAUCAUCAACAAUGUUUUCUCGAUUCUUUCAGCAUAAAUCUACACCGCAACAACGCCCACAGCAGGACGUGGUGCAAGGCAGUUUUCCGUCGGCGAAAUUUGAUCCGCGAGUUGUUCUACACUAUGGCGUUCCAUCUACCGCGUCUAUCCUCGCCUCUGAUCAAGUACAGCGUCUAUUGGCAGUGGGAACACUCGAUGGAAGGAUAAAGGUGUUUGGUGGUGACAAUAUUGAAGGGAUUCUUAUCUCUCCUAAGCAAACAUCCUUCAAGAAUUUAGAGUUCUUGGAAAAUCAAGGUUUUCUUGCUAGCGUCUCAAGUGAUAAUGAAAUACAGGUUUGGGAUUUGAAAAGCAGACAAAUUGCUUCUUCUUUGAAGUGGGAAUCCAUCAUAACUGCCUUCUCUGUUAUUUAUGGCACCAGUUACAUGUAUAUUGGAACUGAGCAUGGGAUGGUAUAUGUGUUGAUGUUCAACUCUGAUGACAGAAAAAUUCAAAUAUUACCCUAUUAUGUUCCCACAAAUAUUAUGUCCGAAGCAGUUGGGAUGUCACUUGAUCAUGUUUCGGUUGUCAAAGUUCUUCAUCAACCUUGUUCUGAUGGAAAAAGACUGCUAAUUGCAUAUGAAAAUGGUUUGAUAGUACUCUGGGAUGCUUCUGAAGAUCGAAUUGUUCUCAUCAGAGGCCAGAAGGAUGUCAAACUGAAGAGAAAAAAAGUAGUUAGUUAUCCAAAUGGCCCCAAGGUUGAGCUUUCAGAUGAUAAGUUAGAUCAUGAAGAGGAGGAUAAGGAGAUAAGCUCAGUUUCAUGGGCAUCUAAUGAUGGAUCAGUUGUUGUUGUGGGUUAUGUAGAUGGUGAUAUAAUGUUUUGGGACUUGUCAACUGCUCACUAUCCCCCAGAUCAACAAGUUAAAAAAAUGUUGAAUAAUGUUGUCAAGCUUCAAUUAUCAUCAGCUGAUAGAAAACUCCCAAUUAUUAUUUUACAUUGGUGUGCCAAUAAAUCUUUUAAUAAUAGCGAGGGAGAACUCUUUGUAUACGGUGGUGAUGAGAUUGGAUCUGAAGAAGUUCUGACAGUUCUGAGCAUUGAUUGGUCUUGUGGGAUAGAAAAUCUUAAGUGCACUGGCCGCAUUGAUGUUAAACUUCAUGGUUCUUUUGCUGAUAUGGUUUUGUUAUCUAGUGACUGCCAUACAGAGGGAGCUUCUAAUAUGCUAUUUAUAUUGACAAAUCCUGGACAACUGGAUCUUUAUUACAAUGAUUGUUUGUCUUCCAUAAUGUCUCAGCAAGAAAAGAAGACUUCAACCCCAAUGCAGUAUCCCAUUGUCAUACCCACUCUUGAACCUUACAUGACAACUGCAAGGUUUGAUGUCGUAUGUCAAGACAUGAAGUCGUUUAGAUCCCUGUUUGAGAUUCUUGUAGCUGCUAAGCAGCAUCCAAUACAAAAUCAGACUAGUAUGGAUAUAAAGUGGCCUUUGACUGGUGGUGUUCCAGGUCAGCUUUUCAAAGAAGACCAUCCUGUCAUCCAAAUAUAUAUAGCAGGUUACCAAGAUGGAUCUGUUUGGAUAUGGGAUGCCACAUAUCCUGCUUUUUCACUUCUUUACAACAUAAAAUCUGAGGUUAACGAUUUUAAAAUAGGCAAUGCAAGUGCACCAGUGUCAGCAUUGGAUUUUUGCCCUGAUACUCUACAUCUUGCCGUUGGAGAUGAAAGUGGUGUUGUUCGUCUCUAUGGGCUAAUAAGGAGUUCAGAUGACACAACUGUGCACUUCGUGACAGAAAAUGGAACUGAAGUUCAUAAUAUGCAUCAUGGGGAUGGACCUCAUUGCAAAGCUGUGUUCUCCCUUCAAAAUUCUGCUGUAUGCAGCCUACAAUUUGCAAACCUUGGAGAGAAGCUUGCUGUUGGAUAUGAACAUGGGCAGGUGGCUAUGCUUGAUAUCAGUUCAUCAUCAGUGUUGUUUCUUACCAAAACUGAAUCUGACACAUCUUCAGUAGUUGUUUCUAUGAGUGCAAAAUUUUCAGACACUUGUUGCUUAAACAGUCAUCAGGAAUCUGUAUCGGAUAUUUCUGACAAUCCUGGAUUGGGGCUAGUCUUUGUUAUGACAAAGAAUGCACGCUUCCUUGUGAUAGAUACUGUGACAGGGAAUAUGGUUUGCAGUCGGACAAUGAACCCCAAAGUAAAGUCAAAUGCAAUUUCAAUGCACAUAAUAGAUGGUAGUACUUCUGAACAAUCUGCUGAAAAACUCUCAUCCAACUUGUCUCCAAGGAGUGAAUCUGGAACGCAAGCCAACAUUCAAUCUGAAAAUGCACAAGUUGAAAUUGAAAUUGCUACUCCCGUAGAAAAUUCAUACUUUGGACAAAUAGUAUUGAACUCACUCAUUUUACUUUGUUAUGAGAGUGAAUUGAGCUUACACUCUUUAAAUUUUGUGAUUGAGGGCAGCAAUAAGUACAUACGGAAGGUGAACCUUGUACAACGAUGCUGCUGGACUACAACCUUUAAGAAAGAUGAGAAAGAGAAUGUCUUGGUUCUUCUGUAUCAAACUGGAGACAUUGAAUUAAGGUCCUUACCAACUUUGGAAGUUUUGGGAGAAAGCUCUUUAAUGUCAAUCUUAAGAUGGAACUUGAAAACCAACAUGGAGAAGACAACAUGUUCAUCAAAUGGAAAAAUUAUUCUGGUCAGUGGGAAUGAAGCUGCUUGUAUAUCACUGUUGAACUGUGAAAAUGAAUUCUGGAUUCCGGAGUAUUUUCCUUGUCUUCACGAUGAAGUCCUUGCGGCUGCAGUAGAUGUUACAACUAGCCUAUCUCCAAACCAAAACGAAAGACAGGGAGCAUCUGCUAUCUUUGCUAAUAUAGGAAAAAACUUUAAAGCUGGAAAAGCGGAUCAGAAUGCAAAUCAAGCAGUUGAUACUAAUAACAAACUGGAAAUUUUGAAACAAUUAUUUUCCAGUCCUCCUUUCUUAAAGCCUUCCUCAGGCACUGAUAUGCAAGAUUCUUUUGUGUUUGACAUAGAUGAAAUUCAGAUUGAUGAACCUGUAGUCUUUUCAUCUCCUCGGAAACACAAUAUUGACCAGAGAGAUAAAGGGAAAGAAACGGACCGACAGAAAUUAUUUGAAGAUACAAGCACUAACUCGAAACCAAGAGUUAGAACGACUGAAGAAAUUAAGGCUAAAUACAGAAAGACGGGGGAUGCCUCGACAGCAGCUGCACUUGCAAGGGAUAAACUUGUUGAGCGGCAAGAAAAACUCCAGAUGCUCAACCAACGUACUGAAGAGUUGCAAAGUGGGGCACAAGACUUUGCAUCCAUGGCAACUGAACUCGCUAAAAGAAUGGAAAAUCGUAAAUGGUGGCAGCUAUGACUUAUGAUUGGUUGCAUGAUUUAUUAUUUUCAUCGAUACGUCCCGGCAUGCUCCUUUCUUGAAGUUCUGGACUGGGGGACUUACCUCACUUUUUGCAAAGGUAGCUACUAGCCCUGAUUCCGUUGCUUAUUUACUGUUUGUAAACAUACCUUGUCUCAGCUCUCAAGUGUUGUUGCUGCUAUUAUUAGUAUUAUCAUGACGCGCAUAUUAAUGUAAUUUGAUUAUUGUGUACAGCACAUUGUCAUUAGACAUUAUUAUAAGCCUCAAUGAGUAGCAUGCCGCAUAAAGCAUAUGAAGGUAAAUUGAGAUUUUAAAAAAAAAAACACUCAAAUGAAUAAAAUGUGAAAGAAUAUAUUUUUUUUCU